GCAGCAGUAGUUAAUUCAACCCAGUAAUAUAUUUCCCCCAUUUUUUUUUUUUUUUUUUUUACCAUUUCGCCAACUGUCGCGAAUUUAACUCGCAGUCGAAACGUGUAGCAUUGUGUAUACUCACACUGUCACUCAGUCGCUUAGCUACUUAGUUACUAAGUCACCCAGGUACUCAAUCACGCAGCCACAUAGCUACAUUGCUACAUAGCUACGCACCUCCUAGUUACAUUUUUACGUUGCCCGAACCAUCUGCGCAAAAUGGUGAACGUCCCCAAAACGAGGAAAACCUACUGCAGCAACAAAUGCAAGAAGCAUACCAUGCACAAGGUCAGUCAGUACAAAAAGGGAAAGGAACGAUUGUCGGCCUUGGGAAGAAGAAGAUACGACAUGAAGCAGAAGGGAUUCGGAGGCCAAACCAAGCCCGUUUUUAAGAAAAAGGCCAAAACUACCAAAAAGAUCGUUCUCAAAUUGGAAUGCACAAAAUGCAAGAAGAAACGAUUUCAGACCCUGAAGAGGUGCAAAACGUUUGAGAUGGGAGCCGAUAAGAAGAAAAAGGGAGCCGUUUAUUAAGGGCCCCAUCCCACCCCUGUAUAUUGCUGUCUCCUUCAAAGAAGGAGAAAACCCCUUCAUCAUUACUGCUACAAAUCAAAUCGCCCUGUUCGGGACUCUCAUUCAUUUGGUGGUGCUGCAUCGCGUGUUUGGUGCACACGGAUGCGCAGUUGUAAAGCUGAAUGGGUCCGCUUACAUCCUCGCUCAGGGGUGCGCAAGUAUGCCCAUGCGAGUAUGCGCAUAUAUGCACUGCAUAUAU